AUGAGCAGAGUAGCCGAUUCGAGUACCUUCAAUGGGGAUUUUGCAACAGCAGUGAACCACUUGCUCAAAUGUCCCCGAAACCAUCGACAAGUUCAUGUAACAGUUGAAGAGGAAAACACUCUGGUGAUCCGAAGAAAUGGGAAGAGGAAACGUGAAGAUGGGGAGGAGGAAGGCUGUAAGUAUUUGAGGCUUGAGAGGAGAGCACCCCAGAAUCUGUUGGGGAAGUUUAGGUUGCCCCAAAAUGCGAAUGGAGGAGCCAUAUCUGCCAAGGGCGAAAAUGGGGUUCUCACUGUGGUGGUUGGGAAGCUUCCUCCACCUCCCAAGCCCAAAACAGUUGAAGUUUCUAUCUCUUGGAGCAGACUUACAUUGGCCUAUUUAAGACCCUGA